AUGUUCCUUCAUGUGUGGAAGCAAAACGCGAAAAGCAAUAAAUUAAAGGAGCGUACCAAACUCCAUCGACCUCGACGUUUUCAUUCGAAAGUACUGAAUCCCCAAAAUGUGGCACAAAGGCUGCGACUAGCCGUAGCGGACACAUUUUGGGAAUAUACGCAAACUACAAAAGUGAGUGGAUUGUGGCUGCUGCGGCGGAAUAGAACAAAUGGCAUUUCUAGGUGGAUUUGGUCAACUGUACUCAUAAGUCUAUUUCUACUCGGUGUUUACUUAUCGCUGAAAUUAUGGUUAAAAUUCUACUCAUAUCCAAUUUUGAAUACUAUAUCGAGUGAUCUGGCUAUAACCGACGUGGCAUUUCCGGGCAUCACCAUAUGUAGUCCCAAAGUAGUUAAUCGCGAGCGUGUGCAGCGUUACAUAACAACAUUAAACAUUCCCGACAACAUAGAUCCCCAUGAUGUUGCCAUCGGCUUGGAUUAUAUCAACGCCUUUACCGAUCAAAACUGGAAAGCUCCAACACAGGAAAGCUUCAGAUAUGCCGACGAUGUACUACGUUUCAAUAAUAAAACUAUAUAUGAGGCUGCCAAAGCCGUCAGCGGCAGCUGUGACGACUUCGUCAAGCGUUGUUAUUGGGGUAUCACCGAGUUCCCGUGUCGCCAGCAGCACGAAUAUCUCUCCUUCAUAUCGACAACUUCGUAUUUGGGUCCAUGUUGUUCAUUUAACUAUAAUCCGAAAAAUCUCUCAUAUGUACCAUUUUCUGCAAACAUUUUCGGCAUAGAUGGAGGCUUAACUGUGGUGGGCGUCGAGGGAUCCGAACGCAAUCUUUCAACUGGCUUGAUCGUCUUGGCACACCACCCCAUGGACUAUGUUACAGAAGCCACGUCUUCGGUUACAAUUACGUCCAACUCCGAGAGUUUCGUUGAAAUCUCACCAACUGUCCAAAGCUCUUCGACUGAGGUGCUAGAACUGUCGCAAGGUAAACGCGAUUGCCUCAUUUCAGACGAUCUCGAGCUGCAUAACUACCGGCAGGCAGCAUGCUCGCUCGCUUGUCGAACGGAAGCGAUAAUGAAGACUUGCCAAUGUGUGCCCUAUCACAUACCCAAUGCUGUGGCCGCUUAUCGCGAGUGCAAGUUAAAUGACAGUGCAUGUUAUUCGACUAACUAUGAUGAAUUUAAAAGUGUAAAGUGCGAAAGUUGUCUACCAAACUGCUAUGACGUCACUUAUUCAACUUUGGCCUACAAAACUGAUUUAAAAUUGCACAACUAUUCGGUUAGCACACACUACAUGACGAUUGACUCACAGGACACUUUCAUCGUUCGCGCUUACUUGACCAGGCAAACAGUGCCAGCAAUACGGAAGGUGGUCGUAAUGUCGUGGAUCGGACUUUUGUCGGAUUUGGGAGGAGUAUUCAAUUUGUGCCUGGGGAUUAGUAUGGUAUCCCUAAUCGAAUUCGCCUACUACUGCACACAUCGUUUAUAUGUGAACUACAAGGCCCGCAGCGUUUUACUUCAGCCACUCGGUCAUUUUCAGAACAGAAAAUAAUCGGGGAAAGCUACUAAAUUCGAAAAAUGCAGUCCUUUUGCCGUUGACCCGUGUAUAUGUUGAUAAGUUUAUGUGAAAAAAAUAUAUAUAUAUCUUAUUGCGUUAAAUUUUGUGAAAUAGAUAUUCCAAAAACA